GCCAUGGAAUUCAGGUACAUAACAAUAACAACAACAUUAACAAUAAGAAAACUAUUCAUUUGCAUGGUAUGAUUUGAGAAGUUUUAGAAUGAAAGGAGAUCUUUCUGAUUAUUCAUUUGAUCUCCUUUCUUCUUUUUUCUAAUAUCAUCAUGUUCAUCUAUUAUUAUUAUUAUUGAAAAAGAAAAAAAACGACCUAAACGACGUGUUGCUUCCCUAUCUCUCUCUACAUCCCUCCUACCAUCGUCGUCGCUGCUACCAACGACAAAAAUGUAUCAAGUUGGUAUCUAUCGUGAGGGAGAUAGUUUGGAGCAUCCGCCUUCGCUUGCUGCUGGUGGGGAACGGGAAUCAAUAGCUACGCCUGGAAAAGAUGCGCAAAGUGGACAUACUCCACAGCCAGAGAUAAAAAAAGUGCUGUCAUCAAAGUUCCCUUGGGUGAAUAUUUCAAGGAAUCUAGUAUUGGCAUACCAAAGUCUAGGGGUGGUAUAUGGAGAUUUGAGCACAUCACCACUUUAUGUCUAUAAGAGUAUAUUUGAUGGGAAGUUGCAAGAUCAUCAGACUCCGCAAGUAAUAUUUGGUGUAUUUUCAUUGAUCUUCUGGACAAUAACACUCAUUCCUUUGCUCAAAUAUGUAUGUAUCGUAUUGAGUGCAGAUGAUAAUGGCGAAGGUGGUUCAUUUGCUCUUUACUCUCUGCUCUGUAGACAUGCAAAGUUUAGUCUACUUCCCAACCAACAAGCAGCUGACGAGGAUCUAUCUUCUUACAGAUAUGGUUACUCUGGGAAGUCAACAUCGUGUAUAGAGUUGAAGAAAUUUCUCGAGAAGCAUAAAAAGUCGCGUACAAUACUACUUGUUAUUGUAUUAUUGGGUGCUUGUAUGGUCAUAGGUGAUGGUGUUCUGACACCUGCGAUGUCAGUUAUCUCAGCAAUAUCAGGGAUAAAGACGGAUGCAGAAAACCUAACUCAUGAUUGGGUGAUGACUCUUUCUUGCGUAAUAUUGGUUGGCCUGUUCGCUUUACAGUAUGCUGGAACUCACAGGGUUGGAUUUUUGUUUGCACCAAUAGUGGUCAUCUGGUUGAUAUCGAUUAUGCUCAUUGGAUUGUACAACACAAUCAUUUGGAAUCCCAAAAUUGUGUAUGCUCUUUCGCCCUCUUAUAUCGUCAAGUUUUUUAAGGAAACAGGAAAAGAUGGUUGGAUUUCUCUUGGAGGUGUCCUCCUCUCUGUCGCAGGUACUGAAGCUAUGUAUGCAGAUCUUGGUCAUUUUUCCGCCUGCUCUAUGAAGCUAACAUUUGCAUUUCUGGUGUAUCCGUGCUUGGUGAUACAGUACAUGGGUCAAGCUGCUUUUCUGUCCAAAAAUAUCGAGUGCGCAACAAAUAGCUUCUAUAGCUCAAUACCUAGGCGAGUAUACUGGCCCGUUUUUGUUAUUGCAACCCUCGCAGCCAUUGUUGGCAGCCAAUCUAUCAUCACAGCCACAUUCUCAAUCGUCAAGCAAUGUAAUUCACUAGGUUGCUUCCCGCGGGUCAAGAUUGUCCACACCUCAAAGCAUAAAGGGCAGAUCUAUGUACCGGAAAUAAAUUGGAUCCUGAUGAUUCUCAUGCUGCUUGUGGCUGUCGGGUUCCAAGAUACAACUUUGAUUGGAAAUGCAUAUGGGCUAUCUUGCAUGACAGUUAUGUUUAUCACAACAUUCCUCAUGACACUUGUUAUAGUAUUUGUGUGGCAAAGAAGUUUAAUAGUUGCCGCGUCCUUUCUCCUGUUCUUCUGGUUCAUCGAAGGUCUCUAUCUAUCUUCCGCAGCCAUUAAGGCUCCACAGGGAGGAUGGGUGUCCCUUUUGUUCUCUUUUAUCCUCUUAAUCGUCAUGCUUGUUUGGCACUAUGGAACUCGUAAGAAGUACAAGUAUGACCUGCACAACAAAGUUCCGUUGAAAUGGAUCCUUGGCUUGGGUCCUAGCCUUGGUAUUGUCCGCGUCCCUGGGAUAGGGCUAAUAUACUCCGAAUUGGUAACAGGAGUUCCACCUAUCUUCUCUCACUUUGUGACAAAUCUCCCUGCAUUUCAUAACGUGCUGGUGUUUGUAUGUGUCAAAUCUGUUCCUGUACCUUAUGUCUCAUCCAAUGAACGCUUCCUCAUUGGUCGCGUUGGCCCAAGACCAUAUCGCAUGUAUCGUUGCAUUGUUCGAUAUGGUUACAAGGACACACAUCAAGAUAUUGGCAACUUUGAGGAGCUUCUCAUCAAAUGUCUAGCAGAGUUCAUCCAAAUGGAUUCCGUGGAACCACAAUUACCGACCUCCGAGAGUCCAUCACUUGAUGGGAGGAUGGCAGUUAUAAGCACAAAACUACACCCAAACUCAUCAUUUAUCAUCUCAGACGAUGAUUUUGAGACGUGUAGCACCAUUGAAAGCAGCAAGUCACUGACACUACAGAGUGUAGGAUCUUCUUACGACGAUGCAAACCCUGAAAACAAGAAACGAAGAGUCAGGUUUAACUUGCCAGAGAACCCUGGCAUGGAUCCUGAAGUUAGGGAUGAGCUGCUAGAUUUGGCUCAGGCAAAGGAGGCAGGGGUUGCAUAUAUCAUGGGACACUCAUAUGUCAAGGCGCAAAAAUCGUCCUCUUGCUGGAAGAAACUUGUCGUCGACGUUGGAUAUUCAUUUCUGCGCAAGAACUGCAGAGGUUCUGCUGUUUCACUUAACAUUCCUCACAUUAGUCUUAUUGAAGUUGGCAUGAUAUACUAUGUCUAGAGGGAGGUUGCCACUUGCCCGGCGUGUCGCACCUUCAUCGCAGUUGCCUGCAUAAUAUUUUCACAGGUAGAUGAAAAAUUCUCCUGAAUAUUUUGCACCAAAUACCAGUCUUGUUCACUAGCAUAUAUAUAUAUAUGUCAUCAAGAGGAAAAAAAAGGAAGGCAUUGCUCCUGUAUUCAUAUAUGUAUUUUAACCGUUAGAUAGAGACAGUAGUUGCAAUUGAAAUAGCUAUGUAGGCUUUUAUAACCUGAGAUUUGAAUAUUUCUUUCUCCAAAAAAUAUGCAGUCAAUUAUUUACUAACAUUAGUAAACAUAAUGAUUAAGAUCAGGCAAUUUUGUAGUUUGCACCUUAAAUUUUCAAUUGCAAUGGAUUGAUAUUUUUGAAGUAUGAGUAUCUUGUGUCAUAUAUAGUGUAUCCUAUACACAAAUUUUCAAUGUUGAACUAUUCAUUUCCUCUC